ACUAGAGACAAAAUAAGACUGAUUGCAACAAUAAUACAACCCAAUGAUUAUACAAAUUUUGUUGUUGAUUCAUCUUUUAAAUGGGAUAAAAAUUGCGCAGAAUGCUUAUCUAGAAAGUCAGGAAACGGAUCCAUACAGUUACUACAAUGGUGCAAAUUUAGGAAAAUUUUUUGGUGGGAUUUCAACAGACCCAGAGAUAACUAUGUCUCCAGGAGAGAUGAUAAGAGCCAGAGGUUAUACUUACGAAAAUUAUGAAGUUGAAACGGAAGAUGGAUUUAUCCUGCAAUUACAUAGAAUUCCGUUCGGCAGAACAAAGAACAAUUCAACAGCCGCGAUAGCCUCCGUUUACUUGCAGCACGGUUUGCAGUGCACGGCUUGCGACUUCCUGAUCAAUUUAGAAAACCAGAGUUUAGCGUAUAUUUUGGCCGAAAAUGGUUUCGAUGUUUGGUUGGGCGACAUAAGGGGUAACACGUAUUCCAGGAGACAUAAAACGUUUACGUCAGAUGACAACGAAUUUUGGGAUUGGAGCUUCGAUGAAAUGGCUAGAUACGAUAUCCCGGCGUUCAUCAAUUUCAUCCUCAAAAAAACGAGCCGAGAAUACUUGUACUACGUAGGGCAUUCCCAGGGAGCCAUGGUGGCAUUCGCACAUUUCUCCCAGAAUCCUAAGAUUUCUUGGAAGGUCAAAAUGUUUUUCGCGCUGGCGCCCGUAGCCUACUUGAAAGAUAUCAAAUCUCCCAUGAGAAUGAUAGCGUUUAUGUCACGUGCCUUAGAACUCAUAAACAACAUGUUCGGUAGCAGAGAAUAUAUGCCUAGAAACGCUUUAUUAGAAUGGAUGGCCGCGUCUGUCUGUCCCCAUACUAUAGAGCUCUGCGCCAAUAUGCUAUAUUUAAUUGGAGGUCCAGAGACGGGAAAUUUUAAUAAAAGUAAAGUGCCAGUCAUCUACGGACAUUACCCCGCAGGAACGUCGGUUAGAAACAUUGCUCAUCUUUGCCAGGGUAUUUUAAAGGGCGAUUUUAGUAUGUACGAUUACGGUUUUUUUAAAAACCUGAAAGAGUACGGAAAGCCUGAACCACCAUCGUACGAUAUAAGUCAAAUGAUGGUUCCUACAAUGAUAUUUUGGGGAGUUAAAGAUUGGUUAGCCGACCCUGAAGACGUGAACAAGUUGAUUCCCAAAAUUAAAAACUUGUUGGGUAAUUAUAAAUUCGAAAAUUCGAAUCAUUGGGAUUUUAUCUUCGGGACAAAUGCCGCAAAGGAUUACUACUCCAUCAUAGUCAAAACCAUGCUAGCUUCAGAAAAGAACUAAAGAACCCUUCUAAAUUAGUCAAUUAUUUGUAUUACUAUUUUCUUCAUUGUUGUGCAAAUUUUUUUAUUUCAUUUGCAUUUAUUUCAAUGUAAAAUUUUAUCAUUAUUUUCUGUACUUUUUUGGA